GGAGCACGUCGGCAAGGAAACAUGGCGUCGCCUCGCAGUGCGGCUUGUGUAUGUCGCUUGGCUGGACGGACGGUCGGCUUUCUCGCGGCCGCGAGCCAUGGACGAGGAGUCCUCUGGCCGGCGAGGAGCCAAAUCAGCACGUCAACUGGGGACAGUGUGCAGUUCCGCCUUGACGAGAGGACGGCUCACAGCAGUCUGGACCUCUUCAAGAAAGACACGGGGGUCAUUUACCGCAUGCUGGGUCUCGACCCCAGCCACGUGCAAGCCAACCCUGAGCGUUUCCGAGACUGGGCGGUGGUGUUUGGCGAUGAGAAGAUCACUGGCGGGCGCCACUACUGGGAGGUGACGGUCAAAAAGUCGCAGGAGUUUCGGGUGGGCGUGGCCGAAGCGCUAAUGUCCCGUGACGACUGCGUGGGUACCAGCGACUCCUCGUGGGUGUUCGGCUACGCUCAGCGCAAGUGGUUUGCCAUGACCAACAAUAAGAUGGUUCCUGUGACCCUGGUGGGCAAGGCGGACCGCGUAGGCAUCCUGCUGGACUUCGAAGCGGGCCUUCUUGGGCUGGUCGACAUUGAGAAACGCAGGAUCGUUCACGCCAUCAGGCGUCACUUCAAGACUCCCCUUUGCCCUGCUUUUGGGCUUUGGGACGGGGAGCUGCUCACGCACUCGGGCCUGGAAGAACCGGAGGGCCUCAAGGAACAGCUGUAAUUAGGGAUCCAAAGGGGUGGAACAUUUCUGGAAAGCUUCCGUUGAAUUUUCGUGAAAUGUUAAGCUGGAGAAUGUUACAAAGCGUGAUUUGCAGGAACUAUCUAAUAUUCAAGCAUAAAUAUGAACAUUGUUUUUUAAGAAGUAUCCAUAGAAAAUGGAUGGCUCUCCUUGCCUACAGGUGAGGGCAUUACAGUGCCUUAAUUGCUCCGUUUCUCCCCCUCCCACUCGAGUGGAGGCAUAGGCAAAGCUUGCUCGUACCUCAAAUUUUGGCUGUGGACAUAAAGCAAAAAAAUCACGCAACUGCUUGUAACUCAAAACUCUUAAAUUGGGGCACUUGUAAGUCAAGGUACCAGUGUAGUUGCAUGAAAUCUGGUUGUUGUAGUCAGGAUUAUGUUCAAAUGUAUUUUCCACAACUACAUUGAAGUUCCCUAUUAAAGAAGCAACUUCAAUUGAGUAAAUUCCUGAUUUAUUCCAUGGAAAAUUUUCAACUUCCGAAAUGUUCGCCCCUGGCUGUAAUGCAGUUGUCCCAUAUAGUAAUGUCUGCAAAUGAAUCAUUUAUGACUUUCAAGCAUGUCUGGUCCUCUGCAGGUUCAUUUUGCCAAGUCUUGCCAAUGUGCAGUGAACUGCACUCCCUGCAUUGAUCAACUGGUCAGCAGGAUGAGGAGUUUGUUUUGCACAUCUUUUCUCGUGCUACCCACACGGUCAUGUUAAUAGGGUAAUAAUUGUUUAUUAA